AUGCGGUCUUCGCUAUCUACUCUCGUUAUGUCCAGCGUGGCCGGCGGAGUCCUCGCAGCUGAGAGCGCUCUGUAUCAUUAUAUGCCCGUAGAGUUUGAGUAUGACCUCGAUUCGAGGGUGACUGCCAACUUGACCUUUGGCACCGCUGCUUCAGCGGAGCCUGUCAAGGUGGUGAUGGAUUCCGGGAGUGCAAAUUUCUGGGUAUGGGCUCCAGGCGCGGUGGUCCAUUGGGGUUCCCCGUACUUUGGUGUCGUAGGACCUUGUAAUGAGACCGUCGAGACUCUCUACGACCCAGCCCUCUCACCCACUUCCUCGCUUAUCAACCAGACAUCCGCCUACGCCUACGCCGGCAACUCCAAGAUCGUCUCGGGCGAGCAAUGGGCUACUGAUACUAUCACCGCACCCGGAGGCACUGGCCCAAUAUCCAACAUCCAGUUCUCGCUCCAGACGUACGGACUCUUGAAAUUGGCUGAUAAUGGCUCAUGCCUACCUACGCCUUAUGACAAAAGUAUUUUGGGCCUGUCCCCCUACACCAACAACACAGUCGGUCCCUCGUUCCGCCAGAACCUCUUCAAGACCGGCCAAGUCGCCGCCCAAACCAUGUUCCUCUGGUUCGACAAGCACACGGGCACCCUGGGAGACCUCCUCGGCGGCAUCCUCUUUGGCGCCGUCGACGUAUCGAAAUACACGGGCCCGCUCGUCGAAGUUCCCAACGUCGUCGACCACGCAUCUCAGGUGGGCAUCUACGUUGCCAAGCCCAACAUCACCCUCAACGGGCAGACCUUCACCCCGGACCAGACCACCACCUGCCUAAUCGACUCGGGCGCUCACGGCGACGCUCUUCCUUUCGACUACACCGGCGAUCUGGAAUCGCAGUUCUACGCCGCCUCCGCCGGCCAACUGGUCGACUACAACGGCAUCGUGGCCUUCAACGGUACGUGCGAGGAUAUCCCCGCCGGGCUGAACGUCACUUACACGUUCGCGGGCGUGCGCGAGGGCGAGAGCAUCGAGAUCGUCAUGCCCGUGCGGAACUACGCCCGGGGACGCAUCGAUCCGUACAACGAUCGCGGCGUCUGCCUGCUCAAUUGGGAGAUGGGCGGCUGUAUCCUCGGGGCGCCGUUCGUCUCGGCUGCGGCGCUGCUGAUGGAUGACGACGGCGACAGGAUUGCUCUCGCGCAGGGCGGUGUUUCUGCCGAGGGGGCCGGCCUUCACAAGGAGAGCUUGGUGGUGCUUGGGGAGAGCAAGAGCUGGACUGAGCUGAAGCCAAAUCCUAACGAUGUCAAAAUGCACACACCCCCUUCUCGCACCAAAACUAAGAGUCAACCAACACUUCGAAAUCCCCCCCACCCCCCACAUUUGCCAAAGUUCAUGAAUCCCACCUUCGGAGGACGAGUUAAUUCGAUCACCAAGCUUAAAUCUUCUGCUUAUUUCACAGACCUACUAGUAGAUGCAUUCCUUAAAGGCCGCCCUCCUAAGGCCGUCCCCGAACCUUAA